UCAUUCAAUUUCAAAACGACCUUUGGAGCUCUCCAAAAGCUACCUCAUCACCUUCAACAACUACUGGUUUUUUCAACGCUAUUAGGCUAUUCCUUUCUUUCUCAGUUUCUCUCUCAUAUUUUCAAGAAUAAGAUUCUUGUCGUUAAUCUUCAAAAAAAAAAAAAGGAAGGUGUGAAGUAGUGGUGGAUCUGAGAAAAAAAUAUGGUUAUUAUGCAAUUGAGAAGUAGUAGUAUCUAUACAAACCCAACUCACCAUGGUAUUCAUAAAGGUCUUUCACCACCAACAAUAUCAUACUCUUCACUGUCACUGUUCAAGAGAACCACUACUUCUUCUCUUGGCCAAAACGAUGUGGUUAGAGACCUAAUAACGUCAACAAGAAGAAGAAGAAAACGACAAUAUGGGAUUGUGGCCUCAACCAACGUUGGAGCUGCUCCUCUUUGGGAUAGUUGGAAGCCUGAGAAGGCUUCUUCUUCUCCUUCUCUUAGUGACAUCCUUUGGCCCUCCGCAGGGGCAUUUGCGGCGAUGGCGAUAUUAGGAAAGUUGGAUCAGGUAUUGACACCCAAAGGUGUUUCUAUGACGAUUGCCCCCUUAGGAGCUGUUUGUGCUGUCUUAUUCGCCUCACCUUCCUCUCCUGCUGCUAGGAAGUAUAACAUGUUUAUGGCCCAAAUCGGUUGCGCAGCCAUCGGUGUCCUGGCGUUCUCUGUAUUUGGCCCAGGGUGGCUUGCAAGGAGUGCUGCUCUGGCUGCUUCCAUAGCUUUCAUGAUUUACACUAAAUCUUCCCAUCCACCAGCUGCAAGCUUGCCUAUACUUUUCAUUGAUGGAGCUAAGUUUCAUCAAUUGAAUUUUUGGUAUGCUUUGUUUCCUGGUGCUGCUGGCUGCAUACUCCUCUGUUUCAUUCAAGAGUUGGUGCUGUACUUGAAGAAGAACCUCAAAUUUUGAUUUGGAUUUAUGAAAGAAAAAAAAAUCAACAUUAAUAUUCUUUUCCCAUCAAAGUAGGUGCAUGAAGUAGUACUUCAUAUGAGUUUCAAAUGAAGAAAGCCUCAUCUUGGAAGGCAAGGCAGAGGGAGUCUUGUCACCAUAAUGACCUUAUUCUUAAUCAAAAGAUAAGAAGGGCUUUCUCAUAAGAUGGAAUUGGAAAUUUGACAGCUUUGACCACCUUCCACAUUCACAAAAAGGAAUUUAAUCAUAUGACUUGGAAAAAACAUCUCAAAGGUUAAAUUCACUAGGAGGAAGGACAAAAGGGACAUAGCCAGGCCAAAUGAGGAAAAUAGUGAAAAGAUUCCAACCUUUUUCUUUGUGUGCAUACUAUCAAGUGUGUAUGGAUAGAUAAGAUUUACGAUUGUAAGAAAGCUUCAUUUAGCUUUCACACCCAAAAAAAAAAAAAAAAAAAAAACUGAGGGCUUCAUUUAGUUCAAAAAUCAAAAUGGUCAAUAUGAGAUUGCCUUGUCAUUUUGUGUA